AUGUCCCAAGUAACAUUAGCGAUGGUCUCUUAUGAACCAAACACAACCAACAACAAUAUUACAGACUUUAAUGCUUUUAUCAGAAAGCCCAUCGAGCAACAUAAUCGUAUUAAUAUUCAAAUGUCAAAUCCAUGCCCGGAAAAGGCAAAAGACGGGAUGAAAAUCACCCAAUCAUUUCUUCAAUGUUGGAAAACUCUAGGAAAAUAUUUUAAAGACGAUUUCACAAAUUCAAAUUAG